AUGUACUCUAGCGACCGCAGGUACGAGGCUGUGGUUGUUGGUGCCGGGGCGGGUGGUAUCGGCGUCGUUGGUAACCUGCUCGACCUGCAGAAGAAGCCGAUAUUAUGGGUCGACGACGAGUUCGACGGCGGCAGACUGAACAAGCACUACCGUGAGGUACCCUCAAACACCAAGGUCAAGUUCUUCACCAAAUAUGCAGAAGGGGUCGAGUCGUUCAAGGCGGUCGCCAGGGACACACCAGAGCCCAACGCCAUGAGCCAUCUCCUCAGCCUGGAUCCAGAAAAGACUUGUCACAUUGCACAGGCAGCAGACCUAUGCCUGAUGUUGACCGAAGGCUUGGAUGAGAGCAAGGAGGUGUUCAAGCACAAGGGCAGGGUGACCGACGCCUCAUGGUCAAACUCAACCUGGACCGUAACCAUCUCACCAUCAGACUCCUCCUCUCAGGCCACCCAGGUCGACGCCAGCCGCCUCAUCCUCUGCACCGGCUCCUCGCCGGUCACCGGCCCCCUACCCGUCCAGGACCACCACUGCGCCCCUAUCCCACUGGACACGGGCCUUUCGCCCACACUUCUCUCCGAGCUGCCCCGCCACGAGAAAGUCCAGGUCGCCGUCAUUGGCGCCUCCCACUCCGCCAUUCUCGUCCUGCGCAACCUCUCCAACCUGGCCUCCACCACCCACCCGCACCUGCGCAUCAAGUGGUUCACCCGCCACCCCCUCCGCUACGCCGAGGAGCGCGACGGCUGGAUCCUGCGCGACAACACCGGCCUCAAGGGCGAGGUCGCCACCUGGGCCCGCCAGAACCUCGAGCCCGAGGUCCUCGCCGCCUCCCCCGUGUCGGCCCACCUGGCGAAAGUCGCCACCACCCGUGACGAUGAGGAGGAGACGUACGCGCGUGAGCUAGCUGACUGCAACUACGCCUGCCAGGCCAUCGGGUACAAGGCCGACCCGCUGCCUGUGCUGCGCGUGGAUGGGAAGACGGUGUCGCCCAGGUUCGAGCACGUCACGGGGGCCUUCACCGACAAGGAGACAGGCGCGCCGAUUCCGGGUCUGUAUGGUGCUGGUAUCGCGUUUCCCGAGCGCGUGGUUGACCCUGAGGGGAAUGUCGAGUACGCCGUGGGGUUGUUUAAGUUUAUGAAUUUCUUGAAGAAGGUGGUGCCGACGUGGAAGAGCUAGGGUGAAAUUAGAGGAGGGGGGAGGGGGCUCUUUUCUGUGUGUCACUUACUCAUUGUAUCACUUUAUUGUAAAGCACACUUUGGCUUAGUGUGGCAUGUAAUAGGGGAAGGGGAAGGGCCAGGAGGGCAGGAAGAAAGUCCUUAGAAGAGUGACUUGCAUUGACAGCAUGGAUAGAGUGGCGUGCAUUAGACUUGCAUCCCUCAAAGAGGAGCAUAGACAAAGAUCAGCGACGUUUACAACG